AUGGAUCCAAGACACGGCCAGCCUGCUCCCGUGCCACGGCGGUCCAAGUCCAAGUCGUCGAGCUCCAACGCCAACGCCAACGCCAACGCCAGCUCCGUCUCCGUUUCCAUCUCCAAGCCGAGCUCCAACGGCCCUUCGCAUUUCCCGCCAGCCUCCAUCGUCGUCUCGCCCCCCGUGCAUCCUGCCCAGCAUCACCCCUUUGCGACGCACACGUUUGCGCCCGCCCCUGCCUACGCUGCCGACCCUCGUCGACCCUCGGACGCUUCGUACUACCCGCCGCCCGGCCGCGCCAGCUUGCCAGCUCCCGACCUUGGCCACAACCACUCGCAGCCGCACUCGCAUUCGCACUCGCGCGCCCAGAGCGCUUCGUCGCUCCCCCCGCUCCCGCCCGCCAGGGACCACGGCCGCAUCAUGCCUCCUCCGCCGACGUCGCCCUCGCAGGGCCAGCAAGGAGGUGGCCAACCGCCGCCGCAUCACCACCACCAGCAGGCGCAGAACGCCGUGAGCUACGGCCCCGUUCCGCCUCGUCCGCCUCCCCUUUCCGUUGGGUCGUCUGCUUCGUUCCCGUCCGGGAGGGAACUCCCGGCCUUGGGCUCCGUCGCCAGGUCGGCAGGCGGCCCGGGAAGCAGCUCCAUGUCGAUAUCUUCUAUGCUCGGCGGACCGCCUCCCGCCUCGCGUGAUUCGCAACCGCCACAGCACUACUCAUCCCACGGUCCUCCGCCAUCAUCGGCGCCGGGAUACGGACCUGCCACGCAGGCCUCGCCGAGACUAACCUCUGCGUCAUCCGAAUACCCUCCGUUCCGCCGACCUCAAACUCCCGACCAUCCGCGACCCUACGAUUCCCGCGGCAGCGCGGCGCCCUCGCCUCACGGUCCCUUCGCGACCACGCCCGACUUGCAACGAUACGGCACCCCCCAAAGCUAUCAUCAGCGCCACCCGUCUGCACCUGCCGAUGCAUCGCGAGAGCCAGGGAGAAUGUCUGCCGGCCCGCCCCCGGCUCAGAACAAGCCGCCGCCGUAUGGCGGUAUGCCACCGCGGCCUCUGGACGUGGGCCGGCCAGACGACCCCUACGCAAGAAGAGACGAUGGAAGACCGCCUGCAGCCAUGGAUCACAAUCCUGAACGGCCGGGUCUGAGGCCAUACCCUUACGAUGAACGGUUCCGCCCCGACAGAGAUCGACAGCCAGCUCCCGAGGCUCGCGAGAGAGAAGGCAGGGAGCGGGCCUACUCGGGAGGUGGCGAUCCGCGUCGGCAGCACAUGUCUCCUCACGAGCUGGGACAACGGGACACGCACCCCGGACAGUCUCCGUACGGACGCCCUCCAGAGCACCGAGAUGCCCGCGACCAGUGGGGACGGCCAACAACAAGUUCAGACCCGAAUUACAGACCGCCUGCUGAACAUCAACGACCGCAACAUCCCGAGUACUCCCCUGUGCCCGGGCCAUACACUCACCACGGGCCGCCGUAUCCGAGUUCCACGCCGGAUCGAUACCCGCCGACCUCGCAUCCUCCUCCACCUCACCCACCUGGGAACGCGCCGGCGCCGCCUCCACAGUCAUACGAGGCUGACCGAGCACGCAUGGAUCAAGUUCACACUCAUCCGCCUCAGCCUCAAGCUCCUUCCCGCCGUGAAGAGCCGCCUCCGCCACCAGCCGGCCCAGGUUAUGGCACUUCUCAAGGCCCGCCGUUUGAUUCGCCUCGCAAGGCAGGUGACGACCAUCACGGGCCAAACGGAUUGCAACGGAAUCUAUUAGCCGUCCAAGACAUCAAUCGCAAGGGUCGAAUGUCCCCUCUCCCGCAAGCAGUCCAAGGUGCACAACCACAACAACCUGGCCCUGCGGCCGAGCCCGGCAUCAAGAGCGAAUUUGGUCGCAUGUUCUCCGGCAUUGGGAGUGGCGUCAGUGGCAUCGGCAUGUCCAGCCCGGUGACGUCCUCGGCGGCGACAGCCUUCCCAAGUCAAACAUCACAUCCUGGGGUUGCCAAGCGCGAAGACAUUGAAAAUGCCGGGGCUGACUCGGGGCCCGACAAUGGAAGGGGCGCAAAGCCUGGGAGAAGACGGAAGUUGAAGGAUGAACAUGCUCACGACGACGAUAGCUCUGGUAGACUUACUCCUGCUGGACGAGCAAACAAACGUGCCAAACCGCAUCAGCACCAUCACCACCAUCAUCACCAUCACCACCACCACCACGGGCAAGAUUCUGUACCAUCACCGGCCACUGCAGCUGCCCAGUCCAAGAAUCUAAAGGGAAGCACUCCAACGGCUCCGCCGACUGACAAGGCUCACCAUCACCACCACCACCACCACGGCCAAAAGGCCGGGGCUUCCGCGCCGGCCACCCAGACCAAGUCUGCGCCUCCCGUCAUUCCACCAAAGACGAAAACGGUAGUAGCCUCCAAGCUCGUGUUGGACUCGGUCGCCAAUCGCGCAAGGCAUCAUCUCGGAGAUUUCAUAUACGAUCCCCAGCUGAAGCCGGGCCGACUACUUCCGAACACUCCCACGCACAGAGGGUUCUCGUCGAAUCCCAAGCCACUCCCCUGGGAUAUCAUCCAGAACAAUGAGAAUUGCACACUCACAGUCAAGGUUCCCCUCGUUCACCUCUCUCCCUUAGCUCGCGAGGAAAUCACGGCCCGAGCCUAUCUGUGGGGCACAGACGUUUACACUGAUGAUUCGGACGUGGUGGCGGCUUGCAUCCACGGCGGAUGGAUAAAGGGUGAGUGGACAGACGACGUGGAUACGGCCAUGCUGGACCUGGACCAGGGAGCGGCCGAGGGCGGCAAGCGCAAGACCAAGAAUCCAACCCCCCCGGAGCUGCUGAGUCGAGAAUCGGAGGAUGCCAUCACUGCGCCGCCGCCUUUGGGACCCAUGGACAUCCCAGCAAGCCGCGAUUUGCUCGUCAAUGUUCUGAUCCUGCCUCGACUUGUCAAAUACUCGGCAUCUACGCGAUUCGGCAUUUCCAGCCGGGAGUUUGGGGGCCAACAUGGCAGUCGACACUCUGUCCACGACGGCAUCAGUUACAUGAUCAAGAGCAUCCGAUGGGUGGAAAACGGCGCGCAGCCCCAAUCGAGGCUACGCGGCGAGGCUAGAAGGCAACGCAUGCGCAAAGCAAUGCAAGAAGUCUCAGCUAGCUUUGGCAAUAUCCACGGGCCUGACGUGGAGCCGAUCAGGGACAAUUCGUCGCCUCUGAGAGGCGACAUCAGCGGCAACUGGAGAAGGAAGGAUCAGACCGAGGCGCCUGCGGAGGCGGCAGACGACAAUCCGGACCAGGAACGCGCGGGGAGCGAGGGAAACAAGGAGAACCAGAACCGCGUGGCGACGACACAGCUGACGACACAGCCCGGGGAGCCGGAAGAGCCACCCAAGGAGACGAGGCAAACGCCGCCGGUCCAAGACGUCGAAACGGUGAAGGAAGUGGGGCGAGAGAAGAAGGAGUCGGACACUGUAGAAGAAAAGUGA